GUCUGCAAGGAAGCACUGAGUGCGCCGGAGAUUUGAGUGACGGGCUGUCAGGUUCCGUUGCCAUGGGGCUCCCGGGCUACGUUCCAGUGUUGCUGGUGCUGAGCACCUCUUGCUUCCAAGCGUCUGCCCUGGUGCCCCUGGUGCUCAGUACCUGGGGCUUUGCAGACGCUGCACGGCGAGCAUGGAGCACUCUUACCUCUGGGGGUUCAGCACUGGAUGCAGUGGAACAAGGAUGCAGACAGUGUGAAGCUCAGCAGUGUGACGGCACUGUGGGAUAUGGAGGAAGCCCGGAUGAACGCGGGGAGACUACACUGGAUGCAAUGAUUAUGAAUGGUAACACAAUUGAGGUUGGAGCAGUUGGAGGCCUUCGAAGGAUUAAAAGUGCGAUCAGUGUUGCUCGAGCAGUGAUGGAACACAGCACUCAUUCACUGUUGGUGGGGGAGUCAGCAUCAAUUUUCGCUCAGGAUAUGGGGUUCCUCAGUGAAGAUUUGACAACAAACAGAUCCCUGCUCUUGUACUCAGAGUGGCUACGCAAAAACUGCCAGCCCAAUAACUGGAAGAAUGUCUCGCCAAAUCCUGAGACUUCUUGUGGACCAUAUAAACCAGUCAAGGUGCUUGGGUCAAAACAGCAUAUGAUGCCAAGACAGCGAGUUAACCUACACAACCAUGACACCAUUGGUAUGAUUGCAAUUGAUAAGCUUGGAAAUAUUGCUGCAGGGACAUCCACUAAUGGUCAAAUUCAUAAAAUCCCAGGCCGUGUAGGGGAUUCACCAAUAGCUGGGGCAGGUGCUUACGCUGACAGCACAGCUGGAGCUGCAGCUGCCACGGGAGACGGCGAUGUCAUGAUGCGAUUUCUUCCAAGCUACCAGGCAGUGGAAUACAUGAGAAUGGGGAUUGAACCAACCACAGCUUGCCAGAGAGCUAUUGGAAGAAUCCAAAAGUACCAUCCAACUUUUUUUGGUGCCAUGAUCUGUGCCAACAUGACUGGGAGUUACGGUGCUGCAUGCAGUAAAUCUCCAGGAUUUGAUCGGUUUCAUUUUAUGGUUUACAAUCCUGCAAAAGGCUCAGAACAAACAGUGGACUGUAUUUAAUACUGCUCAGGUGCAUCAAUUGCAAAAGACUUUGAAGACUUUAAGAUACAAAUUAUUUGAAAUCAAUUGUAUUUUUAUAUGGUUGGGUUUUAAUUAUUGUUUGACAAAUAUCCCUUGAAGAACCUUGGAACAAUUUGCUAUGUUAAAGGCACUAAGUAAAUAAUUUUUGAUCUAAAUGCCAAACAGCAAAGUUUCAACUGCAAUCUGCUAAAAUGUUGAUAAUGAGCUGCAGAAAUUGAGCUUUGUCUGAUUUGCUAAUUAAAUAUGCACAGAUUAAGUGUCAAGGAUUUUAGUGAUGUACGGAACAUUUACUUUGUUUACAAUUUGUGCUUGUACACUGGAAAAGGCCAUGCCAAAAUACUUUUUUAAACAAGUUGACUCCUUGUUCACACUUUAAAACUUAGCUAUCUGACAAACAGAAUUAUAGAAUUUCUUUUUACAGAGCUGAAAGCCAUAGAAAGAAAAAAUUAUGAGGUCCAAUCAAAGUGUGACAUUUCAUAUCAUAUAUUGUCUGGAGAAUUACAGUUUUACAGAAUUACAGCUUUAUUCUGCCUUUUUUAUGUUUGAUCAUUUGUUAAUGUCACUGAUCGUUGAAAGAUCACAGGAUGAAAGGAGGUCAUUCAGCCCAUCAUAUCUACCAGUUCUAUGUAAGAACUAAUAGGCUAGUCCCAUUCCCCCACCCUCUCUUCUGGCCUUCAAAUACUUUCCCUUUUGAUACUGAUCCAGCUCCCUUUUGAACGCUACAAAUGAAUUUGUCUCCACUCAUUCUCCGCCAGUGCAUUCCAGACCUGACCGUCACCACUAAUUUCAUGUAGAAAUAUUCCCUCGUGUCACUUUUGGUUAUUUUGUCAAUCCUUGUUUUGUUCAUCCCUCUACCUAUGGGAACCAUUUCUAUCUACCCAUUCUGUUAAUACCCUUCUUAUAUAUUUACACUGUGCUGCAUAGUUUCUAGAAAAUAACACCACAUGAUUGUUGCUGGAGAACACUAUGGAAUUGGUUUGCACCCUUGUAGCUGCAAUUGUGGUGCAGCUGUUAUACUGCACUUUUGGGCCCAAAUCACUUUCAGGUUUAUUUACAAUGCAGCUGUCAGCUUGACUGCAUUCCGCAGUUCUAGUUCCACCCUUUCUGGCAUUGCCGAAUGCCCACUGCUGUGAACUGUGAACCAGAGUUUUGCAUUUACCAGUGCUGAAUAAGCUGUACUAUAUUUAUUGAAAUAAUUGGAACAUUGGGCCUUGCGUACAAAAAAUACUAAUAGUAGUUCCUUUGAUCCUGCUCCAGCCAUUAUGGCAGAUGGUAAAAAGAUCAACAGAAAUAGUUGGAAUAUUUAAUAUUUUAACAGAAUUAUAUGUGCACAGUCCUGAUUAAAGCCAAUGAGAUAUGAGGAUAGUUUUGCUCUUGUACGUGUCCUGAUAAUGCUAGUCUACUUUGGUUCUCUUUGUGAUUCUAUAGAAGCUACCUCCUUCUGGUCUCUAACUGAGAAUAAGGCGAUUGCAUCAUUCAUCAUUAAUGGUAAUUGGUUUAUUAUUGUCCCACAUACCGAGAUACAGUGAGGAACUUUGUUUUCAUGCCAUUCAGACAGAUCAUUCCAAAUGUAAGUACAUCGAAGUAGUGCUAAGGGAAAAGCAAUAACAGAAUGUAGAAUGUAGAGUUACAGUUACAGAGAAAGUGCAGUGCAGUGAGACGAUAAGGUGCAAAGGCCAUGAUGAAGUAGAUUUGUUUUCAAAGUUCAGAAACCCAUAUGAUUUCUAGUGCCAACAGCAGUUCUGGCCUUCUAAUUUCAGUUCCUUUGUAACUACAAGGUGAAAAUUUGAAUAAACUUUUUCACAACC